GGUAAUUCUGUUAUCAUUUAGGGUAAAUAAUUACCAAUAACUCACUUAUCACCCUUGAUCCAACUUUUGUAAUGUACAGAACGGAAUAAAUGAGUCGGUAAAGUUGGUGGAACGGAAAUGUCCGUAAAAACGAAAGAAGAAGAAGUGUCGAAGAUAUGGACGGAAAUUGUGUCGAUGACCGCCAUGAUAGAGGAGGAUGCGAACAGCAAGGUCGAGACAGGCAAGCCCAACCCAGAAACAGUCCGAGUUGCAAAACAAGAGAUCCUUGGUAGCGGCGGUGACGUGUGGUCGAAGCUCGAAGCCGAACUGAACAAUUUGCUUGAGACUGCGAAUGGCAGACCAAUGGGGUGUGACCAGGACGACCAGCCAGGCUGUUCAGGUGUAGCAGAUGUCGAGUCCAUGACAAUGGUCAAGCCGGAACCUGUGGAUCAGAAACCAACAGUGAUUUUGCCAGAGACCAGCAGUGUGUCAACUGUGAACGGAAUAGGCAUCUGUGAUGGAGUAGGGAUUAGUCUUAGUGCCAGUGGUGCUGAUGUCUCUUAUAUACCAGCAAUUAAAAAUGAAUCCGGAGACAUUAUGAUUAAAACAGAGACCAUGCCUGAAGCUGUGGCCCAACUUCAGGCCGGUAUGGUUAGUGAAAUUAAUGGCACCCAUUACAUGCUGGUGGAGGACUUUCCAUCUUUGAAAACGCAGGAGAUUGGUGUUAAGCUAGAAUGUUUGCCGCAAUUUGAGAAUAGUUCUGAUAGGACACUCUUGGUGCCCCAGGAGACUACAGUGAAGGACAUAAAACCUUCUGUGGAGAAACUACAAAAAGCGUUGGGUGAAGCUUAUUUGAAAAAAAAGAAAGAUGCGGAGAGAACCCAAUUGGCAAACAAUAGUGAUUCUGGAGAUAACAUGGGAUCUAGUCAAGCAGACAGCCGACAAAAGUCUUUGAGGAGUCGUAGGGAGGUCGCAAACAGUGCAAAGGUUCCUGGGGGUAUGAGUGAAUCCGUUGAGGAGACCAGGAGAGCAGGCAAGGGUGUGGGGGAUGAGAGAAGUGUGGGAGGGAGGGGGUCAAAGCCUGGGCAAAAGGAGUGUACAUCUGAUGCUGAAGUUGUUCAGGAAGAGAGACUUCGGAAAGACAAAGCUGUUGAGAAACCGAGAUAUCUAGUCAAUAGAGAGGAGGGGGGUUUCAAUGACCUGUCGGACGACAAUGACGCAGAUGUUCGCAUGAGUGAUCUGACGUUGCCCGAGUCUGAUUCCGAGAUCGAGGAAAUCGAAGAUAAUACAAAACGCGACCUCAAAGUGGAAGAUUAUUUCCAAGAUUCUGAUUUCCAAGCUACGAACUCGAGCAGUGAAGAUAGCGAUCUUGGUUGUCCAGAUCUGAAAAAUGAUUCUGUGCCUGUGCUGGACCCUGUGGCUGUGAUGAAACCAAUCAGGAGUGAUAGGCUUAUCAAGCAAGAGCGCCCUCAAACAAGCGAAGAUAGUACCGGUAGUUCUGACGACGAAUCAGAAGACGACGCCUGGUGGGGAAAUGAACUUAGCAGCACUAAGCGAACUACAUGUAGGAUUAAGAGAGUCAAUAGGGGAAAGAAGCAUCAGCCUCUGACCAAGAAAAUUAGGAAGGACAUGGCCACGGUAGAAAUUGUGGAGGAGGAAAUCGUCACAGCAAACGUUGACGGCAGCAAGACCUAUAACUGCCCAUUCUGCGUGCUGAAUCUCCCCUACCGGACUGCCAACAAUUUCAUGUCUCACGUCGACACCAAACAUAUCGAAAUAAACUCUGAAUACAAAGAGAAGAGAGACAAGUUACUCGCCAUACUUUUCCCAUUGAACAACAAAAAUGGCCGCGGUCAGGCAGCCGAUCGCCAGAAUGUUAAAAAGGAGCAAGUAAGGAUUGAGGACCUUAAAACAAGUGACUUUACACAGUUAAAUGACCAAGGUGAUAAGCAGUACACCUGCAAAUUCUGCAAAUAUACGGUUCCCUACCAUUCUCUCAACACGCUUAUGACACAUCUGCACAAGAUGCACAAAGAGUUAACACCCUACCUUAAGCGACAGAUAUCCGACAUGCUGUUUGAUGUACCGCAGAGCCAAGCCGUCCAGACUCCGCCGGUACCGGAUGCUGUCAUGUCAGCUCCUUCUCCUGUGUCAACAAGCGGGGCAAGGUCAACCGGAUCUAAAUCAAAACAUAAAAAGAAGGAGAAGGGAGAAUCAUCAGAAUCGGUCAACCUAUUACCGGGCGCUAAGAGGGAGACACUCAUAAGAAACGGCGAUGGUGUCUACGAGUUCCAAUGCCAGUUCUGCCCAAUCCAAAUCAAGUAUAAGCAAGCAAACAGCCUCAUGAGCCACAUCCAGGCCAAGCACAAAAACAUCGUCCAGAAUAAGGCCACGAUGGCCCUGGUGAAGAAGGACCUGUACGAUAAUCCGAAUCUCGAGAUGGGACUGUUGUGUACGAGAGUGAAUAUCAAGAGAGAGGAAAGGACACCUCUGCUGGCAGCCCCAAUAAAGAAACCGAUUCAGGCAAAGCCGGUUAUAGAAAUAGGAAAGAACGGCAAGAAGAUGUACCGCUGCAAAUAUUGCCUUAUAAGCCUGGUCUAUCAUUCGCCUAACGUCCUCAUGACGCACUUGGGCAAAAAACACCAGGACAUCCAAGACACUCCCGAACACACUCACCUACUCAAGUACAUUUAUAACGGGGAGUUCCAUGGCGACGAUUUCGAGACGUUUUGCAAGAAUGAAGAUCGAAAAGCCGGGAAGGUUGCGUCAGAGUCAACGGAUGGGAAGGAGAGGAAAAAGGAGAGGAAGCGAAAAGUUGACAGUGAUGACGAUAGCGAUGACACGGACAAGAGGAUGGUUAAGGAACGCCACAAGGAGAUGAAAAAGGAGACAAGGGAGGAAUGCUGGGAGAGAGACAGAAAGGAUGACAGCGGGAUGGGGUCGAGUAAAAAAGGAAAGGCUUCUACAAAUGCCAAGCAUUUUGUUAAGAAGAGCAGCAGUGGGAAGGAUGCAAGGAAAGAGUAUAGCAGUGGGGGUAAGGAUGGAAAAAGAGACAGCAGCAGUGGGGGUAAGGAUGGAAAAAGAGACAGAAGCAGUGGGGAUAAGGAUUGGAGAAGGGACAGCAGCAGUGGGGGUAAGGAUGGGAAAAGAGACAGAAGCAGUGGGGGCAAGGAUGGGAAAAGGGACAGCAGCAGUGGGGGUAAGAACAGGAAAAGAGAUAGUGACGAUUUGAGGCAGCAGAAGGACAAAGUGACAGAAAACGGGCAUGUGAAGAAAAACGUGGAAGCUCAGUGCAAGGAAUGCGGGAAAGUCUUCACAGAUGGGAAACUGUUUAAAGCUCAUAUUCUUACCCACUUCUGAUGAGAAAUAAAAGAUCGGUGAGACUCAUCACAUCAGUAUGGGCAGAAAGACCAGUUUUUGGCAUGGAACACGUAUUCCUUACUAGAGACAUAAUCAAAUUUUCAUAUCAAUGAAUCAUCUUUACUCAGUUGGCACCUUGCAAUACAACUUUUCUACAUGUAUAUCCCCUUAUGCACAGGUUUGAGGAUUUUGAAAUUCUUGUGGAUAAAGGUCAGGUUCACGGUUUCGAAAAUGCCCUUAAAGUCAGUGAGAUCAAAGAUCACUGGAUGACUGUACCGUAAUGCGUAUUCAGGUGCAUGCGCUUAUAAAUGAAAACUGCUUGCCUUCACUAUACUUUUACCUGGUAAAAUUUGCUGUUCUUAGGCGCAUGUACCUUUAAAUAGACGGGAUGUCCUCGUGAAUACCGGUAGCCUAUCCUUUCUGUACUAUAAAAGUAGGACCAUACAUUUCGGAGGUCCGCAAAAGGGUGCCAGUAGGACUAAGUAGGCCCUGGUCCCGCCUUUAUUGCGACUGGUCAUGCACAAUCUGCAAAGCGCUGCUUCCCAUACUGCCCUGGAACAUUGACUAACAAAACAUUAGAAAUACCCGCAGAUGUGGCUUACAGAUCUUUAGCCAAUGACUGCGACGACCUAUGCAUACGAUAACAUUUAAAUAAGACUGUUCAUGUAGUAUAAAUAGCCAAUUAUAAUACAUGCAAUAUAUGGCACCCCAAGAGGCCUCUUCAAAAUGGCACCCGAUACCGGUAUUCACGAGGACAUCCUGUAUGUUAAAGAAUAUAACCGCAUACGUGUAUUUAGAGCGAUUAACAACACUAUUAGUUCAUUAUGUAAUCUUUGAUUCUUUUUGCGUAUUGUUAUGCACAUGUUAUGUUAAUAUUCGGGAGAUAAGCGCACCCUCAAUGUGAGCGCAGUGCGCCUGAAUACGCAUAGAUACAAUUGUCUCAAGGCAAUCCCAUUUUAAAGCCGAUUCUAAAAUGAAGUGAUUGUAAGAUUCAUUAUACCAGAGUCUUUCUAUACAAGAAAGUAUAGAAAGACUCUGAUUAUACAUUCUAUUGUGCAAGGGAAAAUAAUUCUUAGCCACCCUGUAUAGCGCAAAUUAUAUCUUAUCAAGUGGCAAUAUUUUCAAAUGUGCAUUUUGAAAUGAAAAUUUGUGAGAAAUCAG